GUCCUUUGGGGAUACACGGUCCAGAAAUCGCUUCAAAUCUUGCCCAGUUUCUCCCAGUUGUCUAUUUUUUUCCCUCUGUCUGGCUCCCUGCUUGCCAUAUAGUAAGCUUUCAGUAAUUAAAUGUCUGGAAUCCAGGUCUCCUAUUUCAUGGUAUUAUAAGAGGUUUGUUACCAAAGGGCUGGGGAUGUAGCUCAGUUCGGAGAGUUAAUUUGCUUAGCACGCACAAAGCCUUGGGUUCAGUCCCCAGUAUUGUAUAAAACCAAACAUGGUGGGACAUAAUCCCAGCCCUUGAAAGGCAGAGACAGGCAGAUCAGAAGUUCAGGGUCAUCCUUGGCUACCUAGUAAGUUCACUCCCAGUCUGGACUUCAUGUAACCUUGCCUAAAAAAAAAAGACCAACUUUUCUAAAGUCGUACAAUUAGUUUGAUGACAACUGGUCACUUGUAGUAUGUUUUUAUUUGGUGUAUCUUUAAAACCCACAUGGGGGCACAUUUGGGUGCCACAGCUAGUGAAUGUCAGAGGCACCUUCAGGAGUGAGUUCUUGUUCCACCACGUGGGUCCUGAGGACUGAACUCAGGUCAUCAGGCACUGAGUCAUCUGGAGACCUUGAGAACGAUGAGCAGGCAGCCAGCACCAUCUCAGAGCUGGUCAGCACAGCCUGUGGCUUCAGGCUGCACCAUGGCACGAACAUCCCUUUCAAGCGCCUGUCUGUGGUCUUUGGUGAACACACACUGCUGGUGACUGUGUCCGGACAGAGGGUGUUUGUGGUAAAGAGGCAGAACCGAGGUCGGGAACCUAUUGAUGUCUGAGCUGCAGAAGGUGCUGGCUGGAGAAGUGGACUGCCGCUGGGGCCUGUGACGGGGGACACCGUCCUCUACCUUUCUCGCUGCUGGAACUGGGCCUAUGCUCGCCACCUCCUCACCCCCACCCAAGACACAGAGGCUUAGCGAUUUCUGCGCUAAGGGAAACCAUGGCAAGAGCAUCCCCUCCUUUCUUCCCUUCUGCGUAAUAAACAGCAGUCCAACCCUUCCAGGGCUCA